GUCAUUCACCGCUGGACUUUGACAGUGGCCAAAGGCUCUGCUCAGUUCUCUGUGCCUGUCUCCAUCCAGCACUGCCGAGGUUCUCUGCCGAGGCCAACCAGGAAUAUCCCUUGGAAGCUGGAACCCAGCAACAAUGGCCCAGGGUGUCCUCUGGAUCCUGCUCGGAUUGCUACUGUGGUCAGACCCAGGGACAGCCUCCCUGCCCCUGCUCAUGGACUCUGUCAUCCAGGCCCUGGCUGAGCUGGAGCAGAAGGUGCCUGCGGCCAAUGCCAGCCACACAGCUUCUGCGUGGCUGCUGUCAGCCUCAAACUCUGGCCCCCACAAUCGCCUCUACCACUUCCUGCUGGGGGUGCAGAGCCUCGAUGCUGCAGAGUUGGAUCCCUACCCACUGAGCCCAGAGCUGCAAGGCCUGAUCAAGGAGGUGGCCCAACAUGACGUACGAGAAGGGCGGGAGUACGGGGUGGUGCUGGCAUCCGAUGGCUCGACUGUGGCUGUGGAGCCUCUGCUGGCAGGGCUGGAGGCAGGGCUGCAAGGGCGCAAGGUCAUAAACUUGCCGUUGGACAGCACGGCUACCACUCGGGAGGCUGGAGUCACCUUUCCAGAUGUUGUGGCCAUUGCUCCAGAUGUAAAAGCCACCUCCUCCCCAGGACUCAGGGAUGCCUCUCCAGAUGUCACCACUGCAGAUAUUGGAGCCAACUCUCCAGAUGCUACAACAGGUUGUCCAGAUGUCCAAGCUUCCUUGCCAGAUGCCAAAGCCAAGACCCCCCCGACCAUGGUGGACAGCCUCCUGGCAGUCACUCUGGCUGGAAACCUGGGCCUGACCUUCCUCCAGGGUCCCCAGACCCAGAGCCAUCCGGACCUGGGAACUGAGGGCUGCUGGGACCAGCUCUCUGCCCCUCGGACCUUUACUCUCCUGGACCCCAAGGCAUCUCUGUUAACCACAGCCUUCCUCAAUGGUGCCCUGGAUGGGGUCAUCCUUGGAGACUACCUGAGCCGGACUCCUGAGCCCCGACCAUCCCUCAGCCACUUGCUGAGCCAGUACUAUGGGGCGGGGGUGGCCAGAGACCCAGGGUUCCGCAGCAACUUCCGACGGCAGAAUGGGGCUGCUCUGACUUCAGCCUCCAUCCUAGCCCAGCAGGUGUGGGGAACCCUUGUCCUUCUACAGAGCCUGGAGCCGGUACACUCCCAGCUUCGGUGCAUGAGCCAAGAACAGCUGGCCCAGGUGGCCGCCAAUGCUACCAAGGAGUUCACUGAGGCCUUCCUGGGAUGCCCGGCCAUCCAUCCCCGUUGCCGCUGGGGAGCGGCGCCUUAUCAGGGCCGCCCGACGCCGCUGCAGCUGCCGCUAGGAUUCUUGUACGUGCAUCACACCUACGUGCCUGCACCACCCUGCACGGACUUCGCUCGCUGCGCAGCCAACAUGCGCUCCAUGCAGCGCUACCACCAGGACACGCAAGGCUGGAAAGAUAUCGGCUACAGGUGGGAGGGGCCCGACCGGGGCGGGGGCGGGACCCACAUUCGGGGGUGGGGUCUGAGUGGGUGGAGCCUGAUGCAGGGAACCGGGUCUGAACUCGAGGUUCAGACCUCUGGCAAGACCAAGGAGGAGCUGGCAAGACCAAGGAGGAGUCCUGAUAGGGACAGACAAGUUGGAGAGGUGGCGUGGCCUAGGCUAGGGGCGGGGCCUUAA